GCCUACAGAGGGUCAAGGGCCGUGGGCGCGCGUACUCGCUCCUCCAGGAGCUCGCUUCCAAGCGCGCGCGCGGAUGGGCGGUACUCGGAGCUGCGCGGAGGCGGGCAGGCUGAGAACGGCCGGCUGGAAUCGGUGGGGGCCAGUAGUUACUUGUUAGAGUCAGUUGCUUUGGUGGCGGUGGUGGCCGCGGUGACCAAGAAGGGGACUGGCCCACCAGCGAUGGUGGUCACCGCGGCAGCUUGUGCGUGCCUCAGAUCAAGAGCUUCUAGAUACAGUUGAAAGUUUUGCUAUGCACUGAAAGGGAAGCAUUGUACGUGAAGUUCUAUUUUCUAAAAUGUCUGCCUGUAACACCUUUACUGAGCACGUUUGGAAACCUGGUGAAUGCAAGAAUUGCUUUAAACCUAAAAGCUUGCACAAGCUCCCUCCUGACCCUGAGAAGACAGCCAUCACCCAUGGCCAUGUGAAAACUCUUGCCAAUCACAGUAACAACCACCAUAUCAGGAACACUGCAAAUUUCCGGCCUCCUGUUGCUAAAAAACCCACUAUAGCUGUGAAGCCCACUAUGAUGGUGGCAGAUGGGCAAAGUGUAUAUGGUGAGCUUAAUAUCCAAGGUCCCUGUGAGAACAAACCUGUCAUUAUAGAGAGGAACCGAAACAGGACGGCGUUGAAUCAGAAACCACUCAAUAAUAAUAAUAAUGAAGAUGAUAUUGAAGGAGUUAGCCAUGUUUCUAAACCUUUUGGCAAUAAUGACAGUGCAAAGAAGAUAUCAAGUAACAAUAAUGGACUAACUGAAAUGUUGAAGGAGAUAGCAGGCUUGGAUACUACUCCUCAGAUAAGAGUAAAUGAAACAAAUGCCAAAGAAAUAUUCUUAGGAAGAAUAAAUGAUUGCUAUAAACGAUCACUGGAAAGAAAGCUUCCACCAAGUUGCAUGAUGGGUGGGAUAAAGGAUACUCAGGGCAAGCAUGUUAUUCUGAGUGGGAGCACAGAAGUGAUCAGUAAUGAAGGGGGCCAGUUCUGUUACCCAGAGUUUUCUAGUGGAGAGGAGUGUGAGGAAGAUGUAUUUUUCAGUAACAUGGAAGAGGAGCAUGAAAGCUGGGAUGAGAGUGAUGAAGAGCUGGUGGCCAUGGAGAUUCGUAUGAGAGGGCAACCUCGAUUCGCUAACUUUAGGGCAAACACUUUGUCUCCUGUUCGAUUCUAUGUGGACAAAAAAUGGAAUACUGUCCCUCUGCGAAAUAAGUCUCUGCAGAGAAUCUGUGCUGUAGACUACGAUGACAGUUAUGAUGAGAUCCUGAAUGGUUAUGGAGAGAAUUCUGUGGUCUCCUAUGGACCAGGAAGCAUUCAGAGCAUGGCAUCAUCUGGCUCCACAUCACCAGAUUCUUCUUUAACAGAAGAAUCACGUUCUGAGACAGCCAGUAGUUUAUCCCAGAAGAUCUGUAAUGGGUCAAUAUCUCCUGAUACCCCAGGAUAUUCUAAGGACAUGAAGGAAAGUGAGCCCAAUUAUGAAAGUCUCUCUGGUAACAAUCAAGAGGAUUCAUCACAAGCAUCCAAAAUCUCAGAAAAAAUUCCAGAGACACACAAAGCAGUCCUUGCUCUCCGAUUAGAAGAGAAAGAUGGCAAGAUUGCUGUACAAACUGAGAAUCAAGAAAGAAAAGCCUCUACAGAUACUGCUGGGCAAGCAGUAAUCAUAAACCUCAUUCCUGUACAAGAGCAAGCAAAGCCCUACCGCAUAGUGAACCUUGAGCAGCCGUUGUGCAAGCCAUAUACUGUUGUAGAUGUGUCAGCAGCGAUGGUUAGUGAGCACCUCGAGGACCCUGUUAACAGUUCCAAGACAAAAAGCUCAUCUUCUACUCCAAACUCUCCAGUGACAUCACCUAUAUCAACAUCAGGACAAAUAAGUGCCCAUUUUCAAAAAUCCAGUGCAAUUCGAUACCAGGAAGUAUGGACAUCCAGUACCAGUCCACGACAAAAGAUACCUAAGGUGGAAUUAAUUAGUGGCGGAACUGGGCCAAAUGUCCCUCCAAGGAAAAACUGUCACAAAUCAGCACCUACUUCACCCAUUGCUGCAAAUGUUUCCUCUAAAACCAUCCCUGUUAAGUCACCUAAUUUGUCUGAAAUAAAAUUUAAUAGUUAUAACAAUGCUGGUAUGCCCCCUUUCCCAAUUAUCAUUCACGACGAGCCAACUUAUGCUCGGAGUUCCAAAAAUGCUAUCAAAGUUCCCAUUGUAAUUAAUCCAAAUGCAUAUGACAAUCUAGCCAUCUAUAAAAGUUUUCUUGGAACAAGUGGAGAACUUUCAGUGAAGGAAAAAAACAUAAGUAUGAUAAGCCAUACUUAUGAAGAAAUAGAAACUUCAAGCAAAGUGUCUGAUGAUACCACUGGCAACCCCACUGAUUGUCCCCAAGCUAAAGGGUUUUCUAAUAGCACAGAAUGUAAAAGGGGCUCAGUGGCUCAGAAAGUCCAGGAGUUUAACAGCUGUCUUAACAGAGGUCUGUCUUCCCCACAGAGAAGCUGUAGUUCCAACCACAGCUCCCCAACUAAGAGCCGGAGAACCACUCAAGAACCUGUUGCCAGAACAGAAGGCACUCAGGAGUCUCAGAUGGUGGGGAGUGGCAGCAGCAACAAGGAGAAAGCAAGCACAGUGCUUUCUCAAAUUGUGGCUUCUAUCCACCCACCACAGUCCCCUCCAGAAAUGUCCCAGUCAGGCCUUAAAACUUGCAGUGUGGAAGAGCUUUAUGCAAUUCCUCCAGAGGUUGAUGUUGCUAAAAGUACACCAGUCCGGCCGAAAUCUCUCUUUCCAUCUCAUUCCAGUGGUGAGCAUGAAGCACCUCAGACCACAGAAAAUCUUAACACUAAAGUACAAAAAGAUACACUGGCAAAGCAAGUCACAACCUCUCCAUCCAAGUUAGUGAUUAACCCCCAGAGUGAGCCAUCACCUCCUUUUCCUCCACCACGUUCUACGUCCUCCCCUUACCACGCAAGUAACCUUUUGCAGAAACAUUUCACCAACUGGACCAAGCCAACCAGCCCUAUCAAGUCAACAGAAGCUGAAUCCGUUUUGCACUCUGAAGGCAGCAGGCGGGCAGCUGAUGCAAAACCUAAACGCUGGAUAUCAUUUAAAAGUUUCUUCCGUCGUUGGAAAACAGAUGAGGAGGACAACAAAGAGAAAGAACGAGAGAAAGGGAAACUGGUGGGUCUGGAUGGCACAGUCAUCCACAUGCUGCCCCCUCCUCCAGUUCAGCACCAACACUGGUUCACAGAGGCAAAAGGAGAGUCCAGUGAGAAGCCAGCCAUCAUCUUCAUGUACAGGUGUGACCCUGCCAAAGGCCAGCCCAGUGUAAAUCAAAGUAAGGCCGGAGCAGACCAGUCAGCAAUCAUGGAGAAGGGUGGAACACAGGAUGAGUUACUACAGGUCUCAGAGGAGAAGAAGAAAAGGAGUCAUUCUUCUCCAUCACAGAUUCCUAAACAAAUUCUCAGUCAUGUGAGCCAUGAAGUGACAGAGGAUUUUUCUCCUUGGGAUCCAAGAACUGUUGUUGUGAAGCAAGAUGGUGGAAGCUGCACACCAGCAUUGUCCAUACCUGAACUGGAAAGGGAAGAGGACAAAGAAGACAUUUCAGAUCCUAUAGACCUGAAUCCUUGUAGUGCAAUAUAUAGCAACUUAGGGCAAUCUAGAGCAGCUAUGAUACCUCCCAAGCAUCCACGGCAGCCUAAGGGGGCUUUGGAUGAUGCCAUAAUCUUUGGUGAGAAAACAGACCAAGAAGCACCUAAUGCUUCCCAAGCUGAACCACCCCCACUGCCAAAGAAGAUGAUCUUAAGAGCCAACACAGAGCCAAUCUCCAAAGACCUCCAAAAAUCCAUGGAAACUAGUCUUUCUGUCAUGACUAAUCCCACCUAUGAUAUCGAUCCCAACUGGGAUGCCAGCAGUGCUUGCUCUUCCAUCAGUUAUGAACUCAAGGGACUGGACACUGAGUCUUAUGACUCCUUAGAGAGACCUUUACACAAGGAGCGACCAGCAGCAAACAGCAUCUCCAGUUUAACCACUCUAAAUAUUAAGGAUAGAUUUUCCAACAGUAUGGAGUCCCUGUCCAGUCAACGUGGUCCCUCUUGGAGACAGGGCCAAGGUAUCCAGAAGCCACAGAGACAUGCACUUUAUCGAGGACUUGAGAAUCGGGAAGAAGUGGUGGGAAAAAUCCGAAGCCUUCAUACAGAUGCCUUAAAGAAAUUGGCUAUUAAAUGUGAAGACCUCUUUAUGGCUGGGCAGAAAGACAAACUCCGUUUUGGGAUGGACAGCUGGUCAGACUUCAGGCUAACCAAUGACAAGCCAUGUUGUGAGGCAGGUGAUGCAGUUUACUACACAGCUUCAUAUGCAAAAGAUCCACUUAAUAGUUACGCAGUCAAGAUCUGUAAGAGCAAAGCUAAAGAAUCUCAGCAGUAUUAUCACAGCUUGGCUGUUCGGCAGAGUCUGGCUGUCCAUUUUAACAUCCAGCAGGACUGUGGUCAUUUCCUUGCUGAAGUCCCUAAGCGUCUGCUUCCCUGGGAAGAUCCUGAUGCCCCUGAAGAGGAAGAGAAUGAAAUUCAAGAGAAUGAAGAAGAUAUAAAAAGAGAAAUUGAUGGGAAAAGCCCAGAGUCAUGCUUUGAAACAGAGUCAUCCCAGAAAGAAAGCCAGGGGGUCAUUAGCAAAAAGCAGAGAAGUCACGUUGUAGUCAUCACCAGAGAGGUUCCCUAUCUCACCGUGGCUGAUUUUGUGCAGGACUCUCUAAUCCACCAUGGGAAAAGCCCUGAUUUGUAUGAGAGGCAAGUGUGUCUGCUGCUCUUACAGCUGUGCUCCGGCCUUGAACACCUCAAACCCUACCACGUCACUCAUUGCGAUCUACGUCUGGAGAAUCUGCUGCUUGUCCACUACCAGCUAGGGGGAACCACCCAAGGCCUUGGGCCUAAAGAGCUCAAUCCCACCUCAUCUUGUCUCACGAGGCUUAUAGUAAGCAACUUCUCUCAGGCUAAGCAGAAGAGCCACCUGGUGGAUCCUGAGAUCCUCCGUGACCAGUCUCGCCUUGCCCCAGAGAUCAUAACAGCCACCCAGUAUAAAAAGUGUGAUGAGUUCCAGACAGGGAUCCUCAUCUAUGAGAUGCUACACCUGCCCAACCCCUUUGAUGAGAACCCAGAACUGAAGGAGAAGGAGUACACUCGAGCAGACCUGCCUCAAAUCCCACUCCGCUCCCCUUAUUCAUGGGGCCUUCAGCAGCUGGCCAGCUGCCUCCUGAACCCCAACCCUUCUGAGCGUAUCCUCAUUUCAGAUGCCAAAGGUGUCCUCCAAUGUCUGCUCUGGGGCCCCAGGGAAGAUCUCUUCCAGACUUUCACCACUGCCUCCAGCCCAGUGCAGAGGAAUGCCCUGCUCCAAAACUGGCUGGACAUCAAGCGAACAUUGCUGAUGAUCAAGUUUGCUGAAAAGUCCCUGGAUAGGGUGGGUGGGAUCAGCCUUGAGGACUGGUUAUGUGCUCAAUAUUUGGCUUUUGCUACUCCUGACUCUCUCAGUUGUAUUGUGAAAAUCCUGCAACACCGGUAAUGUAUCCUGGUUGCUGCUUUUACUUUAUCUUCUCCUUCUUCAAGUCACCCACAUACUUGCACAUCCUAGUACUCACAUGGAAUUCAAGGAAAGAAGAGAGACAAACUGUUCAUUCCUGUUCACGAACAAAUGCAUUUCCUCAGAAGGUUAUCACAGCUUCAAAUCAAGUGAUAAGCUGAGUCUGUCUUAACUUCACAGAAAUUCAACUGCACAAACAUUCAGUUUACUUCCCAUUGGAACACUUUUCACUCUAAUUGUCCCACAAAUGCAGGUAAAAAAUGAAAAUGAACAUUUUUAAGGGACAGCUCCUUUGGUAUGAACUCAGUGAGUUAUGUCCAUUUGCUCCAUAAUUCUGAAUUUUACCUGUCUUUUUAACAUCAAGUAUUUAUUCUCUCUAGUAAUCAAUAGAUUUGACCAAUUCUUACCAUCAUCCACUAAGCUCUCACAGCAGACUUUUUUCCUCUGUUACCAGGCAGAACUAUCAUCCUUAGUGUCCACCCAAUUUUAGCUCCUGGGACUAUAUUCUUCGUUCCAGUGGAUAGUAGAAGGACAAGGAGAGAAUCCAUCCCUUCGAUCAUGGACCCAUUUUCAUUUCUAUUAUCAAUAAGGUGUACUGCAUGAAGGAUGGCCCUAACAAUUUUCCCUCUGCUGCUACUGCCUGAUUCUCCUUCACCUCUACUCUGUCCCCACUUGCCAAUGAAGUUUUGGGGUUAUUGGCCACCUGUGACUUGUUACAAAGCAUGUGCAGUUCUCUAGGGACCAUUGGGGAACAGAGUUUAAAGUACUGUUCUUUGAUUACUGUCAAAGUUGGCAACCAGGGCUAGUGGUGCCCAGAUUAUAGCUUUUUCUGUCAAGCAUUAAUUGUCCAGCUUCCUUCUAUCAGUAGCCAGUAUUAACUAGUCUACCAAAUGCUAUAGACAACUGCCCUGAAUAAAACAGCUGUCAGUCCACCUACAAGAUUUCCUUAAAGGGCAUGGCACAGAUGGCUAUUAUAAUUGCUAGAGGCAGGAGAAGGGAAGAAGGCCACGGACAAGACUGCUGCUGACCACCUCCUCAGGAUACAGACCUUUUCUGGAGAGACUGCCUCCCAGUUGCCCUGGCACAUUGCUCCUUAUGAUUCUGAAAUGGCUCUGGAGCACAGAUGACAGGGAAUUUUGAUUGCUGAGUUGGGUGGCUGAAAGCUGUUUACCAUAUGUGAGGUCUGUGCUCCUUUCCUAUGGAUAAAUGUGCAAUUUUUCUAUGUAUUUUUUUAGCUGUGUAUUACAGUGUUUAUGUUGCAACUUUAUGUGAAGCAAAAUCUAUAGAAAUCUUUCCCUUCUUCCCUUGACACAUAUUUGUGUGAAGAGACACCUUCCAUGGGAGGGUGUGAGUGUGUUUAUGCUUGUUUUAUUCAAAACUAUAAGUAUCUGUUUAUUUCAGUCUUGCAAUCCCAGAAUUCACUCGGACAAUGUGAGUGUCCAUAUACAUGUGUGCCUAUGUGUGUGCACAUGCAUGAUAGAAGUAGAGAGGGGCCAGGCUUCUGGGAGAACAACCUGUGGCAGACUUGAUAGACACGUUCUCUGCACCUAGUCAGUGAGGGAGCUUUUGGGACCCUCAACUACUAGUGUAGGGUUUCUUAAAAUCAGGACUGGCUGUGCAGUGUUACUUAGAUAGCACAUUAGUGGCCUUUUGAAAUUUCUGUUUUUAACAUUUUUAGCAGCCUUUCAUGUGAUUCACCUAUAUCAAAGAGUAUCAAGAACAGAAAAGAUUGUAUUUUCUUCUUCCUCUUCUCCUUCUCCUUCUCCUUCUCCUUCUCCUUCUCCUUCUCCUUCUUCUUCUUCUUUCUUCUUCCUUUUUUCUUCUUUCUUCUUUCUUCUUCUAAGAGAAUGGGACAUGAGGCUCUAUUUAGCGGUUGUCCUUGUCCUCCUGCCAGCAGUACAGGACUCCCAAAGGAGAGAGCUGGGUGGCCCACAAUGAGUAUUGCCUCCUCUAGUCAGAGUGCAGAGCUCUGCCCCUAAAAGUGGCCACAGAGUGGGCGUGCCACUGCAGGCCAGCAGUCCACUCUCUCUCAGUGUCCUGUGGCAUGGCUGUGCUUUGCUUAACAGACUGGAGUUUGGUUCACUGUAGCAUAGCCCAUGUGCACAUAACUCCUUGCUUAAUUAUACACUGAAGUAGCAGCAUGCCGACCACUGACCAUGUCAACCAGCACAUUCCCUUCCCAGCCACCCUCCCCGCAACCCCAUUCCCUGAUGAUUUGCAUAUUGAGACACUUUCUCAGUGUCACUCUUGUGCCUUGCCCAUGUAAAUUUGAAUGUUGACUAUUUAAUGAGGUUUCAUAUUUAAUGAUGAAAGGCUCUUAAUCCCUCUAUUUGUUCUCUACUUCUUUUCUUUCUUUCUUUUCUUUUUCUUUCUGUUUUGACUUGGAUCCAGUCUUCCUCAUUUUAACUCUAUAGUACAAUAAGCAUGGACACCAUCUACCAUAAUAAUAUAACACUGGUAAACCAAGCACCCCUUUAUAUCAGAUAUUUAGUACUGUUUUUAUAUUCAAUUUUUUUAAGUAUAAAAGAUAAAUGCCAACUACCAUAGAAGGGCCUCAGGCUUCUCAGAGACAAGGGGCUACAUUAAUUUUUCUCUGAGUGAUGGCAGAAGAAUGUGAGGGAGAAAAGGGAAGGUGGUGUUACAGGUUAGAGCCAAAUAGACUAAGUAACUUAUGUCUGGG